AUGGCAGAAAAACAUCCAACGGCCUCACUGUUGACCAAUUCACUACACCACAGGCUCCUUUCUCUCCCCAUCGCUAACAAACUCCACUUCGACUCCGAAUCCAUCCGCGCAGCCUCCGUAGACUACGGCCUCAUUGUCCGAGAAAUUCCCAAGGCCGUCCUUCGCCCAUCUUGCCCUGAAGACAUCAUGACUCUUGUCGCAUUCAUGUACAAUGAGUCCUCUAUUCCUUUCACUAUCUCAGCGAGAGGAUGCGGCCACUCCAUCCGAGGACAAGCUAUGGCUCGCGAUGGGGUCGUCGUGGACAUGACGUCUCUUGAUAACAAGCAGCACGGGACCACCGUUUCGUAUAGUCAGUCGCUUGGCCACUAUGCCGAUGUCGGCGGCCAGCAACUUUGGAUCGAUGUGUUGGAGGAGACGCUGAAACACGGUGUUGCACCGGUUUGUUUGACAGAUUAUUUGUACGUAACUGUGGGUGGUACGCUCUCUAAUGCUGGCAUUAGCGGGGAAGCGUUUCGAUAUGGUCCUCAAAUCAACAAUGUCUACGAAAUGGAUGUUAUUACUGGAACUGGGGACUUUAUGACAUGCUCUCCCGAAAAAAAUUCCGAGUUAUUUUACUCCGUCCUUGGCGGUCUUGGUCAAUUUGGCAUAAUAAUGAGAGCGAGGAUUGCACUGGGUCGAGCUCCAAAGAGAGCAAAGUGGGUGAGAAUGCUAUACAGUGAUUUUUCAGCUUAUACGAUGGACCAAGAACGUUUGAUAUCGCGCCAUCGAAGGGACCAAGAUGAAGCAUUGAACUAUGUAGAAGGUUUCCUUUUCAUGCACCGAAAUUCAGACAGUUGGAUACCUUUCUUCUCUCCCUCAGACCACCCGCGGCUGAUGUCCCUCGUGGCGGAACACGAGCUCCUCUACUGUAUCGAAGUAGCCAAAUACUACGACGAUCGCACCCAGAGCACAGUAGACAAGGACCUGGAGAUCCUAUUGAAAGAUUUGAACCAUGUCCCCGAGUUCAGGUUCGAGAAAGAUGUGUCCUACGUUGAUUUCCUGAGUAGAGUACGAGUCGAAGAGCUAGAGCUCCGAGGGCGGGGGCUUUGGAAUGUUCCUCAUCCGUGGCUCGACCUAUUUGUGCCCAAAUCUCGCAUCGCCGAUAUCAACACAGGCGUCUUCAAGAACAUUGCUCUCAAAAGGAACAUCACAACUGGAUAUGUCCUCUUUUACCCGUUGAACAAAAAUAAAUGGGAUGAUAGAAUGUCUGCCGUUACACCAGAUGAAGAUAUCUUUUAUACGGUUGAAUUCUUGCAUUCAAGUGGGUUUGGAGACUGGCAAGAGCUUGAACUUCAAAAUAAGGAGGUGCUCCGCUUUUGUGAAGAUAAUGGUAUAAAGUUCAAGCAAUACCUCCCAAAUUACAGCACCGAAAGAGAGUGGAUGGAACAUUUUGGUCCCAAAUGGAGGACUUUUCAAGAGCGCAAAGCCCAGUUCGAUCCAAAAAUGUUGUUGUCUCCUGGGCAGAGAAUUUUCAACCACAACUGA